AUGGACGCCAAUAAUCAGGCAAUAGCAGGCCCCUCGCACCUUCCCAAGCGCCCUGUAGCCCCUCUCCAGCCCAAGCCAACGCGUAAACCCCGCUCGGCACACCCAGAUCACCCUCGACAUCCCAAAAUCACCCGACCACCUCCACUCCCUCCUGCCCCCGCUCAUCCCUCUCGACCCGGCGGCACCACGACCACACACCCACAUCUACCCAUCAAGGUACUUCAGGGUGCUGCUGCAAGACGGACAGACUCGACGAAGCGGGGUUUCGGGAAGGAGGUCAUCUUUGUGACGCGCAAGACGGGGCUGGGGGCUUUGAUGGGCAGAUGUCGGAGCUUGGUCGUUGAUGAAGGGUAUACACACCUCACUUUGCACUCCCUGGGCGCCGCCAUCCCCCACUGUCUCCUCCUCCUCCAUGCGGUCCUCGACACUCUGCCAUACCCUCGCGGCCCCCGAGGGCUGUGGUAUGAGAUCCACACUGGUACCGAGGAGUGCGUAGAUCAUAUCGAGCCGGAAGAUCCUGCGAGGCCCAUCGCCAAGCUGCCCCAGCGGGGUGUGAAGAAGGCAAAGAAGGCUGCGGAGGGCAAAGAAGGGGAGGAUGUUUCCAUGGUCGGAGCAUCGGUCCCUAGUACUGCCGAAGCAGUAGAGACUGUAGAGGAUGAGGAAGCUGAGGGUGCGGAUAUCCCGUCUUGGUUGGCGGGUAUAGGGUCUGUAGAGGCUGCUGCACCCAUCAGGAAGGUCCGGUUGACAUCGUCUAUGAAGAUAGACAUCUACAUCGGGCCCAAGCCAUCGCUCGAGCCGACCACUCCCGCGGUACAACCGAAACAGUCGAAGAAGGGGGAAGGUCGAGCACGGCCGAACAAAAAGCGACGUGCGGCUCGAGCAGCGCUGGAGAAGGCAGAGAAGCGGGACGUUGUUCCGGACAGUGUAGAGGCGGAGGAGGCCAUGAACGAGGAGGAUAUGUACAAUGCAGAGACCGAUGAGGAGGAAGAACCAAUAGAGGAGGUGGAAGAGCGGUAG